UCAGCCAUGCAGGUCUUUGGUUGCACUCACGUCCUGGCUGGGCCUCCUUAGCCAAAGCUGCCUCCUUCCCUUCCCUCCAGGACGGGCUGUUGAUUCCAGGCACACAUUCCGCACACCUGCUCUUGAUCCCCUGUGGCUUUCUCCGCCUCCCCUGGCGACCUGCCUGGCCCAGCCUUCCCCUCUCAAGGAGCUCGCUCUGCAGCUCCACUCCAUGCCCAGGGAGAGACCCCUGCCAGCCGCCCCUUCCCUUCCCUCCCGUCCCCUGCCUCCCUCCCUCCGCCAUCUCCUGGGAUCCUUCGCUCGCUGGAGGCCGCAGAGAGCUCCGCAGCAGGGGGGAGCACGAUGGCAGUCCUGGCCUUGCAGAUGGGAGGCCUGGUGCUGUCGGUCCUGGGCUUCCUGGGCGCCAUCUUGGCCUGUGCCAUGCCCAUGUGGAAAGUGACGGCCUUCAUUGGCUCCAACAUCAUCGUGGCCCAGGUCUUCUGGGAAGGGCUGUGGAUGAACUGCGUCUACGAGAGCACCGGCCAGAUGCAGUGCAAGGUUUACGACUCCCUGCUGGACCUCCCCGCUGACCUUCAGGCAGCCCGCGCCCUGGUGGUGGUCUCCAUCGCCAUCUCCGCCCUGGCCCUGCUCGUGGCCAUCACUGGAGCCGAGUGCACCCGCUGCGUGGAGGACCCAGAGGCCAAGGGGAGAGUCUCGGCAGUGGCCGGUGGGGGGUUCAUCAUGGCCGGGCUGACUCUGCUUGUCCCCAUCUCCUGGUCUGCCAGCGCCAUCGUCAGCAAUUUCUACAACCCCCUGGUGCCCGAGGCCUUGAAGCGAGAGCUGGGCAUCUCGCUGUAUGUGGGAUGGGCAGCCAGUGCCCUCCUGGUCUUUGGAGGGGCCAUGCUGUGCUGCCACUUCCCACAGAAGGGGAGCACCAAACCUUACCCAGUGAGAUACUGGGCCGGGGGGAGGCACUCCACCCCGGGCAGCUAUGCCCGGAAAGACUAUGUUUGACUGCUAUGUGGGGGCGCACCUCUCGCUUCAGGAGGGGAAAGGUUUCUCACUUCUAUAGGAUUUGUGCAGGGGGAGAACAAAGAAGCUGCAUGUUGCUUCUUGAAAGUCACUCCUUGCCGGAGUAUAAACUCAGGGGGCGUUUGGUACUAAAGGGACACCCAUCCCUGGGAUGACCCGUGAUCAGGGAAUGAUGGGAGUUGUAGUCAGUCCAGCAAGAUCUGGAAGGCCACCGGUUCUCCAGCCAUAUCAACCUUUGGCAGAUUGAAUCGCAUACCCUCCCAAGUGUCCCUGUUCUCCAGGGUCAGUCCCAAAAUUACAGAAGCAGUCCCAGUUUCUGUUUUGAUCCCACAAUAUCAUGCUUUCCCUUUUUCCUCCCCUCCACAUCUCGGAAAACAAUUAAAAGUGGCGUGUGUGUAGUAGCUGCAAAAAUGGAGUCCUGUUUAUACUGAAAAUAAAAUUCCUGCACCAAAUGAAA